AUGGUCGACGGAUAUCUUCCAAAGCUUACUCGAGAGGAGGCUGCCAUUGUUAAACGGAGACUGCCCAUUGGCGACUCCGAUAUGGUGCCUGAAGAGGAGCGCACUUUAUGUCAAGAUAGGAUAGAUUAUUCACAUCAUGCAGAUCCUAAUAUUGCCGGUUUUCCCGGGGUGACCCAAGCGUACAUCGCCAUUGCCUCUGAAUUUGCGGAUCUCUUCUCACCUGCCGUUGCCUGCUGCACGGUAAUGGGGAAAGUUGGCAUUGUUCCGGCAAAGACUCGUGUGGGUGAUAGAAUUGCUGUCUUCCGGAGUGGCAGGGUACCUUUUAUACUACGCGAAAAAGAAACUCUCCGCGAUCACUACGAGGUGAUAGGGGAAUGCUAUAUUGAUGGCAUGAUGCAUGGGGAAUAUAUAAAGCAAUCUGCACAGUAUCAGGACAUAAAGCUGGUCUAA